UAACUGAUAUAGAUAGUAUUUGGGAUCAGUGGUAGUACUCUUUAGUUGUGUAUCUGUUUAAUAUGCAGAAACUGUAUUCUUUGCUGCAUUUUAAAAAAAUCUAUGUAGAUUGCCCCUUUGCCCCUAGAAGAUAGCUAUUCUCCAAUUUGUGUAACUGUGGUCCAGAGUUUUAUCGGCAGUUGGGCCCUUCUUGCUCCUUUCAGCCUUUGAAGAUGCCAGUGUAAAACGUUAUCUCAAGAAAUGAACCGUGGAACAUUUACGCAACAGCGUGAUGUGCUGGAUAUAAGAAAAGUAGCAGUGUAGUGUAAGCGUGGAAAGCUUUGAAGUCAGAAUACUUAAAUGCAGAUUUGCAUUCUCCCUGGAGGCAGCUGUGGGAUCUUGGGCAAGUUGUGAAACCUUCCCUGCUUCAAAUGUCUUUCUCUGGGAAAGAGCAUUCCUCCCUCACUGGGUAGUUGCAUGGAUGAGAUGGAAUAAAGUCUAUGGCAGUAAGAGGAAUCUUCAAAGAGUUCAUGGAGAAUGCUUGUAAUGAAAAAAAACUGUGAGUGGAUUUCAAAACUCCUUGCACCAGAAUGAACUCAUCUUUUAAUUCCAUUUUCCAUGAACUUUUUAAAGUGCUUGUGUACUUUGUAAACUGUAAAAAUGGUAUUCAUGGUAUUCAACCUUGAGUUCUUACUAUUUUUCCCAACCUGUGCGAGCAUCAUCACUUUUUUUUUCUACCUUAGAUAAAUUUGUAUUAUAGUCGUUAUGGGAUUAGAACUCAAAACUAAAGCAAGUUUUUACUCUGGGCUUGGAAAAAAAUGUUUUUCAUGCCUACAAGCCCUUCUUUACCUUGAUAUCUCCUUCUUGGUAUCUUGCAGGUGCUGGUGUAGGACAGCUCACAAUUUGAUGGGUCUAGAUGGGUCAUGACAGGUCCUGAAGUCAGGUCAUUGUGUCUAGUGAGGAGGCCGAGCCUCGUGAUGAGGAGUAGCAGGGAGAGAAUUCAGCUCCAGUUCAAAAGCCUGCAAAAUCUGAGACUGUCCCUGCUUUUGUAAGGAUUCCAGCUUUCCUACCUGGCCAGAAAUGUUCAGCCUGGACUCCUUCAGAAAAGAUCGGGCCCAGCACAGGCAGCGUCAGUGCAAACUCCCCCCACCCCGCCUUCCACCCAUGUGUGUCAACCCUGCCCCCGGAGGGACCAUCUCUCGAGCUUCUAGGGACCUAUUAAAGGAAUUCCCACAGCCCAAAAACCUUCUGAACAGUGUGAUAGGAAGAGCUCUCGGCAUCUCACAUGCAAAAGACAAACUCGUCUACGUGCACACAAAUGGACCGAAGAAAAAGAAAGUCACCCUGCACAUAAAGUGGCCCAAGAGCGUGGAGGUAGAAGGCUAUGGCAGCAAGAAGAUCGACGCUGAGCGGCAGGCCGCAGCUGCAGCCUGCCAGCUGUUCAAGGGCUGGGGCCUGCUGGGUCCACGCAACGAGCUGUUUGAUGCUGCCAAAUACCGAGUGCUAGCUGAUCGCUUUGGCUCACCGGCUGACAGCUGGUGGCGCCCGGAACCCACCAUGCCCCCCACUUCCUGGCGGCAGCUGAAUCCUGAGAACAUUCGGCCAGGGGUACCAGGUGGCCUGUCCCGCUCCUUGGGUCGGGAGGAAGAGGAAGAUGAAGAGGAAGAGCUAGAAGAGGGGACCAUUGAUGUUACUGAAUUCCUGUCCAUGACCCAGCAGGACUCCCACAACCCUCUCAGGGACUCAAGGGGGGGGUCCUUUGAAAUGACAGACGAUGACAGUGCUAUUAGGGCUUUGACCCAGUUUCCGCUUCCCAAGAACCUCCUGGCCAAGGUGAUUCAGAUUGCAACGUCCUCCUCCACAGCUAAGAACCUCAUGCAGUUCCAUACUGUGGGCACCAAGACCAAGCUGUCUACACUCACCCUGCUCUGGCCUUGUCCUAUGACCUUUGUCGCCAAAGGGCGCCGCAAAGCAGAGGCUGAGAAUAAGGCAGCAGCCUUGGCCUGCAAGAAGCUGAAGAGCCUGGGCCUGGUAGACAGGAACAACGAGCCGCUUACCCACGCCAUGUAUAACCUGGCCUCCCUGCGGGAGCUAGGGGAGACCCAGCGGCGGCCGUGUACCAUCCAGGUGCCGGAGCCCAUCCUCCGCAAGAUAGAGACCUUCCUGAAUCACUAUCCUGUGGACAGUUCAUGGAUCUCUCCAGAGCUGCGGCUGCAGGGCGACGACAUUUUGCCCUUGAGCAAGGAUUCGGGGCCCCUGAGUGACCCUAUCACGGGCAAGCCCUACGUGCCCCUGUCGGAAGCAGAGGAAGUGCGGCUGAGCCAGAGCCUGCUGGAGCUGUGGCGGCGGCGAGGACCAGUCUGGCAAGAGACCCCUCAGCUACCUGUAGACCCCCAUCGGGAUACCAUCCUCAAUGCUGUUGAACAGCACCCGGUGGUGGUCAUUUCCGGGGACACAGGCUGUGGGAAGACCACACGCAUCCCGCAGCUGCUGCUGGAGCGCUAUGUGACAGAGGGCCGUGGCGCCCGCUGCAACGUGAUCAUUACCCAGCCUCGCCGCAUCUCGGCUGUGUCCGUGGCCCAGCGGGUCAGCCAUGAACUAGGCCCUUCCUUGCGCCGGAAUGUGGGCUUCCAGGUGCGGUUAGAAAGCAAGCCCCCAGCCCGAGGCGGAGCACUGCUCUUCUGUACCGUGGGCAUCCUGCUGCGGAAGCUGCAGAGCAACCCCAGCCUGGAGGGCGUGAGCCACGUCAUCGUGGACGAGGUGCACGAGCGCGAUGUGAACACGGACUUCCUGCUCAUUCUGCUCAAGGGCCUGCAGCGGCUCAACCCGGCCCUGCGGCUGGUGCUCAUGAGCGCCACGGGCGACAAUGAGCGCUUCUCCCGCUAUUUUGGUGGCUGCCCCGUCAUCAAGGUGCCUGGAUUCAUGUACCCUGUCAAGGAGCACUACCUGGAAGACAUCCUGCUCAAGCUGGGCAAGCACCAGUACCCGCACCGGCACCGGCACCAUGAGUCGGAGGAUGAAUGCGCGCUUGAUUUGGACCUCGUGACUGACCUGGUUCUGCACAUCGACGCCUGUGGGGAACCAGGUGGGAUCCUGUGCUUCUUGCCUGGAUGGCAGGAGAUCAGAGGAGUGCAGCAACGCCUCCAGGAGGCUCUGGGCUUGCACGAGAGCAAGUACCUCAUCCUGCCAGUACACUCCAACAUCCCCAUGAUGGACCAGAAGGCCAUAUUCCAGCAGCCUCCGGCAGGGGUGCGCAAGAUUGUCUUGGCCACCAAUAUUGCCGAGACCUCCAUCACGGUCAAUGACAUUGUACAUGUGGUGGACAGCGGUCUGCACAAGGAGGAACGCUACGACCUGAAGACCAAGGUGUCCUGCUUGGAGACUGUGUGGGUAUCGAGAGCAAACGUGAUCCAGCGUCGGGGCCGGGCUGGCCGCUGCCAGUCAGGCUUUGCCUACCACUUGUUCCCACGGAGCCGGCUGGAGAAAAUGGUCCCUUUCCAAGUGCCGGAGAUCCUGCGCACGCCUCUGGAGAACCUGGUGCUGCAAGCCAAGAUCCACAUGCCUGAGAAGACGGCAGUCGAGUUCCUCUCAAAGGCUGUGGACAGUCCAAACAUCAAGGCGGUAGAUGAGGCUGUGAUCUUGCUCCAGGAGAUCGGGGUGCUGGACCAGCGAGAGUACCUGACCACCUUGGGGCAGCGUCUGGCCCACAUCUCUACUGACCCGCGGCUGGCCAAGGCUAUCGUACUAGCUGCCAUCUUCCGCUGCCUGCACCCGCUGCUAGUGGUGGUUUCCUGCCUCACCCGGGACCCUUUCAGCAGCAGCCUGCAGAACCGGGCAGAGGUGGACAAGGUGAAGGCAUUGCUGAGCCAUGACAGCGGCAGCGACCACUUGGCCUUUGUGCGGGCUGUAGCCGGCUGGGAGGAGGUGCUGCGUUGGCAGGACCGCAGCUCCCGGGAGAACUACCUAGAGGAAAACCUGCUCUACGCACCCAGCCUGCGCUUCAUCCAUGGGCUCGUCAAGCAGUUCUCGGAGAACAUUUACGAGGCUUUCCUGGUGGGGAAGCCGUCAGACUGCACGCUGCCCUCUGCCCAGUGCAAUGAGUACAGUGCGGAGGAGGAGCUGGUGAAGGGCGUGCUGAUGGCUGGUCUCUAUCCCAACCUUAUCCAGGUGAGGCAGGGCAAAGUGACCCGGCAGGGGAAGUUCAAGCCCAACAGUGUCACUUACAGGACCAAAUCAGGCAACAUCCUGCUGCACAAGUCAACCAUUAACAGGGAGGCCACAAGGUUACGGAGCCGAUGGCUGACAUAUUUCAUGGCAGUCAAGUCCAAUGGCAGCGUCUUUGUCCGGGACUCCUCCCAGGUGCACCCGUUAGCUGUCUUGCUGCUGACCGAUGGCGACGUGCACAUCCGCGAUGAUGGGCGCCGUGCCACCAUCUCACUGAGUGACAGUGACCUGCUGCGGCUGGAGGGUGACUCACGCACUGUGCGGCUGCUGAGGGAGCUGCGCAGGGCCCUGGGCCGCAUGGUGGAGCGGAGCCUGCGCAGUGAGCUGGCUGCGCUUCCCCCCAGUGUGCAGCAGGAACACGGGCAGCUGCUAGCACUGCUGGCAGAGCUGCUGCGAGGACCCUGUGGUAGCUUUGAUGUGCGCAAGACAGCAGAUGACUGAGCCCCACUCCCUGGGGUUGUGUACAGAGUGCAAAUGUUUAUUUAAAAUAAAGUUCUAUUUAUCCCUUGUGAGCAUCGCUACCCACUGGGGGCUCCUCUCAGGGCCUUGGUUGCCUGACACUGAGGAAGCAUGAAGGGAGAGACAGAAGCAUCUUGCUGGGGGACAAGGCCUGUGGUAGCCCUGAGUUGUGGUUCAGACUGUCCUCCCUACCCCCAGGAGUUGACCCUGCAGUGCAGCUACACUGAAGGCCAGCCCCAGCCUUCGGCGCAGCUCCUCACCUAAGUCCCCAUGCCACGGGUGGCCUGUCAGAGCCAUCACUGCCUUUGCAAAUCUGGACACUGGACUCGCCUACCUGGACUAUAACCCUCCAGUCAUGCCAUCGCCCUGCCACAAGCUCGGAAGGACCCACGGAUUCACAGGUGAGAGUCUGAGUGCUAGCUGAGUUCUUCGCUGGUGCCAGAGGUGGAGACAAACAAGCACAGGCCUCUGUGGUGGGACAUCAGGCAGCUUUAUUUACUCUUGAAAUCAUUACAGUGGAGUCAGGUUGACAUGGGGAAUGGCUGGGCCAUGGCCAUAAGCAAAUUGGGAAGUACAGAAAUGUCCCACCCUCAAGUGGCUGCAGAGCAGUAGACACCACACAGUGGCCACUGGUUGCCACCUGUCAGGCCAGCCGCCUCAGGCUCUCUGCCUUUUUGGGAUCCUCCAAGGAAGCUGUGACCAGUGAACCUCUAAGAACAACUAAUGCUCGCUCACCCAGCGGGCUCUCUACUUGGGUCACCCCAUUCUUUCAAACUCUUGGCCAAAGGAAACAGCAUCCUUGUGGCUCCAGGGUAACAGCAGGAACCUUUGGAAUCAGCUGUCACUCCUGUGCCCCCUCCCCAGCUUGAUCGCUCCUCUUCCUCCUGUUGACCAAACGUUGGAGCUUCAAGGUCCAGGCACGAUGAAGCAUCCGGCAGACUGGAGUGAAGUGGGGUUCCCCCAGGUCGCUGUGGUUUCUUGGCUUGUACUCAGGGAGCUGGUCUCAAACUCCCCCAGGCAAACAAACUGCUGCCUCAAAAUACGAGGGAGCUGUAAGGCACAGGGAUGCCCUCGCGCCACAUGAAGAGCAAACCUAACCACGUGAAAACCUCUGCUUCUAGCUGCAGGGGAUGCCAGGGGCAGAGACAGCUAGAGACCCAAAGGAGAGCAGGAGGUGGGGGGCACUUGGGGCAAGGGUGCAUUGCAGAAGGUGCCCUCCAGAGAAGCCCUUUGGAACUCCCAGGCCACUUCACUGCAAAUUCUGGUUUUAAUCCUUUAUUAGAAACCAUGCAAACUUU